UGCUAAUGGUUGCGUGGCGUGUGACUUGUGACCGGUUUAGGAGCUGUUCUGGAUGAUUCGCAGUAAAAUAAGUUUCUUUUUCACGUUUACAAUUGAAUCUUUUUAUUUUAUUAUUGAACGUUACAGUUAAUUUCAAUCUAUAGUUUAUUACCAGCUUACUAUUUUCCGAAUAUUUCGAUGUUUUCCUUAACGCCUGUUUUUUCCGUUCCCCUUUCCUCUCGUCAGAGUUUGAUUUGAAGGUGUUACGUUUUAGAGUGAAAUUUUUGCUAGAAAAAUAAUUCUAGGUGAUUUUUUAUGUGAGAACUUUGUAACAGUUUGUCGUUCCUUUUUCGUCUCGACAGAGUUUGAUUUGAAGGCGGUACGUGUUGUUAGAGUGCAAUUCUUGCUAGAAGUGAUUGUUUUAUGUGGGAACCUUGUAACAAUAAUAUUGGGCGUUCCCUGCAUGUGUCAAGUUUUUGUGGAUGAGUGUUUUUAAUAAUAAUAUUACCAUUUUUAGUAUUCAGUCUAUAAUGGCUUUAUUCACUUUAAUUUUUGAGGUUUGAAUUAUCGCGACAUCAUUAAUUUCGUGAAUUUCCGUUCCAUCGUCUUUGGUUAUGACGUCACGUAUUAUCCCGAUUAAGUGCGCGCGUCAACAAAGGAUCUACAAUUUGAACCACCAUGGAAUCGCCGCAAGCUCACGAUACAUCAUGAAAAGGAAAAAGUAGGCGUCAUGUGAUUCCACCCAAGCUAUGCGCUGUUGGUUUUGGGGCAUUUUGCUUGUUUUCAUAGGAGUGAGCUUCAACGCUGUCCUCGCAAGCGAGAUAAGAUGUCCCUCCCCGCAUUACUUUGACAAACUCCACUGCGUCAAGUCCAAGAAAGGCCACGGCUACAGGCCUGGCGACGAGUGCGAGAUGAUGUGCAAGGAGAGCUAUCAGAUGCGAGCAGCCCCUGGUGCUCCUGCUAUCAAACACAAUGCUUUCGUGUCCAAAUGCGACCAAAACGGACGGUGGACGGGCAUCGAGAAGGGCUGGCCAACCUGCCACGAUGUUACCCCACCUGAGCUAAAGGUGCCUUGUCCCAAGUCCAUCACGCGAGCUACUGACCGCGACAGUGAUCUGAGCUGGGUGUACUGGGACGAGCCAUCAGCAGUAGAUAACUCUAAAGUCCUGCCUGAGAAGACUACAAUACCACGUGACCUGCAUACGCCCAUGCAAUUUCCGGUUGGCUCGUCCGCUGUCCAGUACACGUUCAAAGACGGCAGUGGGCUCACCACCACCUGCUCUUUUAACAUAGUAGUCUAUGAACGGAUGAAACUGAUCAAAACGUCACCCAAAGCGAUCUACAUUAUGCCAAAUCGUAACCUUACCCUCCACUGCGCCGCAAAGGCACAAAAGCAUGUCACUUAUAAAUGGUACAAGUCUGAUGGUCCAAUAGUAUCCAGCUCUCGUCUUACAGUAGUGCCCGGAAAAGGCCUGGUGAUGAGUAAACUGCGAAUGGCUGACUCUGGGAUUUACCGCUGUGAAGCAAGCAUUCCAGACGAUAUUGCGGGCGAGGAGAGCUACAGUGUACACUUACAUGUUACUUCCCGAAUUGUCUGGUCCAAGUGGGGUGAAUGGGGCGAAUGCUCGGCUGAGGGCAUCAAAUCUCGUCUACGACAUUGCAUCACCGAGCUAGGCCAGCCAGCACUUGGUUGCAGGGGACCGAAAACGGAGAGAACCACAUGUGAUAAUAAAUGCAAGGAGCUAGAGGAAUCAGUAACCACCAGCACACCUUCAGUACCACUCACCACUAGCCCCCCAGAAGUUAAGAAAAAGCCUGCUGCAGCAGCCCAACAUAGUUCUAAAGGAAGCAUGUUUGAGCACAUCGUAAACAAGGGGUUUCACUGGCAUUCUCACCUUGAGAACAUUACUGAUACCUAUACGGGAAGGGCACGGAUUUUUUUCAAGAGUUUCUACGGAAGACUUGCGUUUGGGAGUGUGCUUGGUAUUCUCCUGAUAGCGUCGUGCUGCUGCUGUUUCAUCUGCAUAGGACAUCACUUCGAAAAGAAAGAGAAAGAGAAAGCCAAAUACCAUCCCCUUGUCUACCAUGAUCCUGAGAAUCCACCUUCAACCAUCGACUACAGUGAUCUCGAAAAACUUGACAUAACAUCCGAUGCAGCUCAGCCGAAGUCACAAGCAGACGACUUUCUUGAUUCGGAAGACGCGAAGCUUUUAUAUGAUCCGGCGGAAGAGUCGUGUGAUCGGAAAGCGUACGAGAAGAGACGAGUGAUUCACGAGCUAACACCGAAGCGCCGAAAGUCGUCCCUUGCGGAGGCGAUACAGAUCGCCAAAUCUGUUAUCUUGGAAGAGGGUACGGACAAGGAGCGCGAGAAGAGAGUCUCGGAGAAGAGAAAAGUAAUCAACAAAGUCACCAGCAGCGGUAUUUGCAAGGGCUCGUUGUUGUCCAGUAUCAGCCAGUCUAAAGCUGUUAUCAUGGAUGAGGGCGUAGACAAGGAGCGGGAUAGCUGGGUGGCCGAGAAGAGAGACAUGAUUCGUGAUAAGACGCAGACUCGGCGCCGAUCACUCGCCGACCAGAUCACCAUUGCAAAGGACAUUAUUUUUGAAAAAGAAGAGAAGGCAAAGCAAAAGGGCAGAAAGGGUAAAAUUACCAAAUCAAAAUCCCAGAAAGAUCAGACCAAAGAUAAGCCUAAAGUGCUUCAACACAACAGCUCUCCCGCAGUAACCCAAUCACGACAGUCUAAAGAGUCCUCUAAAGACACACGAAAAGUCGACCCACCAGCACAAAGUAGUACCACCCCUGAGCCAAACACCUUAUACAGAGGCAACUAUUCAAUCAAGAAUCGCUCCAUACUAAGACAAACCCAUACCUUAUCGCCCACUCUCCCACGUAUUGAUAGCGACAAAGCCCUGGAGGAUAUCGGACCCAAGAAAGAGCCCUUGAAGUUCGAGCAGAGAGGGUUUUCAGGCUCCGUCGGGGGUGGUAAGGAUGUGGACGAAUGGGCCAAACAGGUGCUGGAUCAUGCCAAUCAAGGAUGGCUACAGGAUAUGUCAGAUGACGAAUCCCCUUAAAGAUAACUCUCUCAAAGUCUUUCAUUUAACUUGGACUACUUGUUUAAUCAUUGUAAAACUAAUUUAAGUAAACACACGUCACGAACUCUAUCUCUUGACACAGAAUGUUGUUAAUGAUGUAAUAUCUAUUUUUAUCAUUCCUAAUGAAUGCAAAACAUAAAUUUUAAAGUUCUAAAAUAUCUUAUUCACGUAAUAAGAAACAUGCUGUACUGGAACAAAAGGAUACGCCACCGUAAUAUGGAUGUAAUUUGUUAUUAACUGUAUAUUGAAGAGUGAACUGUUCAUCUAAUUCUCAUAUUCCUGCAAGAAGGGACUCACUUAUCCAGCCAAGGUGUUUUCUGUACUCUCUGUGUGAUCUCUUAUAAAAAAAGUAACUCGA